ACGCCACCAGCGACUGCCAUCGUUUUCACUCGAUCGGUACAUCCGAACCGAAGUUCGAUCGCCAUCUUGCGAGUGGAGAACAAUUUGGAUUGAUCUGGCAAACCUGUGUUGCGAUAUAGACUACGAUUGAAGUGAUAGUUCGAUUAGUUUAGUUUAGGAAAUCGUUUUACUUCUGUGUUUUAGCGGCUUAUUCAACUGAUAGUGUUAUAUAGCCACCAAAUAUUAUGUAGAACAAACUAUCUCACAAAGUUGGUGUGGACGACAAACUAAGACAAAUCGUCAAUAAAACAACAAAUUUUAAGAAGUAGAGUAAUUUAAAUAGCAGAUUCUAUCAAUGGCUCCAAAAAAGAGAUCAUUAGUUUGGAAACACUUUGAUAAAAUAAAUAUAGACACUUCCGUAUGCAGACAUUGUAGCAAACAUAUAAAAGCUCACAGCAGUACUACCAAUCUGUUAUCACAUUUGAAGAGUCUGCACCCUGGUAAUCUGGCAGAAGAUAUUAACAGUGGUGAUGGAGGUGGAGAUGAUAAUGAAAUGGAGUUCCAUACAGAAGUUGUUGUAGUUAAUCCAAAUGAUUCAGGUGAUGGUAUGACAAGAAUUUCCUCAAAAUCCAAGAAGAGACAUGGUUCAUACAGUGGUGCAGUAUUAAACUAUGAUAAACUUGUCGUACCAAUGACAAUGCGUAGUGUGUACUGGAAAUGUUUUGGGUUUCCUGCUGAUGCAGACGAUGAAAUAUUGACAAAAGAUAGAAUUGUAUGUCUGUUGUGUAAAACCACCAUACAGUACAAUAGGAACACAAGUAACUUGAGAAUACACUUGCAAAACAAACAUCCUGAGGAGUUGAUGCAAAUCGAACUUGAAACACCACCUCGUAAAUCACAAGACUCGAGUUCACAAAAGAUAAAGAAAGUCUCUAAAAGGCUGAAAGACAUGGGUAAUAUGUACUCAACUGCUCUGAAUGGGAGCAUUGUCAUGGGCAACAAUGAACACCAAGGUGUUUCGGGUUUCGUUACCAAAAGUGAAGGAGAAUCAACCAAUCAGUCUUCUGGGAAGUCACAAGUUACUCUGGUGGUUCCCGGUAUGGGGGAGCAGAAUUGCACUAUCGAGAGUCUACACCCUUUCAUGAUCCCAGUGGAGAGUAAGAAUGUGUGUGAUGCCAUCACGGAGUUCAUAGUAAUGGACAUGCAGCAGCCGGAUGUGGUGGAGGGGAGAGGGUUCCAGCGACUGAUAGCUACACUCAAGUCUCCUUGUGAGAUCCCCAGCAAGACCAAGCUGGUGGAGGAAGUCAUACCCCGGGUGUAUGAACACCACAGAGAGGGUAUCCAAGAUGUGGUGCGCAGCCUCAAGCGUGAGGUCUCUCUGGCUGUGGAGGAAUGGGAAUCUUCCAGCAAAGAGAGCUAUGUCACAUUCUCUAUCUGCUAUCAGGUUGAAGGCGAUGACAAUAUAAAUAACAGAGUUCUUACUACAGUCCACUGUCCACCAAUGGUAGAUUCCACUUUUUGGGACAAUUUUCUGGAUAACCUAUUUGCAGACUGGGGUCUCAAAUUUGAGAAGGUUAAGGCAGUAGUUUGUGGAUCCUGCAGAUCGGAUCUUAUCAGCUGUAUUUUGAACAAGGGAUUUACUGUUCUACCUUGCUUGGUACAUGUGUUACAGGAUGUCUGCACAAAAGUUUGUUUUGAACAAGAUGAUGUGAAAGAUAUUCUAAGCAAAUGCCGAUCUCUCAUUUACAUGAUUUAUAAACACUCAAAUGCUCUGGCAGCACUUCGAAUUCAGGAUCACCUAAUGUCUUUGGAGGAAACACCUCUAGUGGCAGACUACCCAAAGGUUUGGAUCUCCACAUAUACCAUGAUAGAGAGCAUGGUGGCACGACGACAGAUCAUUCCCACCAUUCUGGAGAAUAUUGACUCUUCCUCUUUUGACCGUGAUGUUUUGUCCAUCUCAGAUCAGGAUUGGACUCUCUUGGAGGAUGUCCUAUCUGUACUGGAGCCGUUUAAGGUGACAAUGAUGACAUUGAGUGAGGAGAAGGCACCCCUAAUGUCACUGUUGAAGCCGCUACUGUGGCAGCUUCUUAGCUGCCAUCUUCAGGCAAAGGACGAAGAUUCUGUCAAUGCUCAAGUCUUCAAAGUUGCAUUGAAAACCUUGCUGUCAGAAAAGUACAGUGAUCCGACAGUCAGCAAACUUCUGCAGAUUGCCACAACGUUAGACCCGAGAUUCAAGAGUCUGCCCACCACAGCUGAGGAGGCCAAGACUGUACUGGACGGUCCUAUCAAGGAGGCUCUUAUCAGGCUUAUUGAUGAAAGCCCUGGAGACAUCAAGGCCAUUGUGGAGGAAACGCCGGAGAAGAAAAAACCAAGACUUCUAGGGAUGGUGAUGUUGCUGGGGGACAUGUCACCUGGUGUGCCCACCAACACAAUGUCGACACAGGACCGAGCCAGUUUAGAGAUUGUGCAAUAUCAGUCGGAACCUACAGCCACGUUAGACCAGUGCCCAGUGAACUGGUGGAGUCGUAUCGCCACCAAGUGUCCCAACCUCGCCCGUAUCGCUGCCCAGUAUACGUGUGUGCCUGCCACCACUCUGCCUCCCAGCCGUAUCCCUGCUGAAGCUCACAUAGCGUACCACAUCAAGAGAGCUAACCUCUCACCCGAGACUGUGGACAGGAUGUUGUUUCUCCACUCCAAUCAUUCUGUUUAAACCACCCCUCCACUGUAUCUAGUCUUCCAGUUCACUGAGGUUAUUGGGGAGGUUUAUCAUGUUGGUUUUGUCUCAUGGAUGUUUCAUGUACAAAGGGAGAUGAUAAUUUGUUCAAAUACUAUUGAUGCUUGUUACAUUUAACAUGUCAGUGAAGAGGAACCCCAUGUAUACUUGAAAGUUUUAAAUUUACAUCAUGAAAAGUCAAACAUGAUUAUAACUCGGUUAACCCUCAGACUGGUUAAUGCUGCAUUUAUGCUGCUCGGGUUCUGCUAUACUAACAACGUAAGUAUUAUAAAGAUUUAUAAAAUCUCAUUUUUUUUGUUUAAACAAAUAUCAUUUGACUGAAGAAUAAUAGCAAUAAUGACUUGUCACAUUUUACCUGAUUUUUAAGACAUUUUUCCUCUUCAUAUAGUUAUUAAAUAUAACUGUGAAGAUAGAUUGACUAGGUGCUGAGAAAAAAAUGCUUUGUUUAUAUUUACUGUUGUUAUGCUUUUGUUUACUUAUUAUAGUAUUAUGUAUAGAAAAAUGUGGGGAAAAAAUGUUCACAUCUCAUUCAAUGAGUUUUAAUUAAUUAAAUUAAUUAAAACUCAUAGGUUAAAUUAAUUAAAACAAGAUAGGUUAAAUAGGUACAUUUAACCUAUCUUGAUCUUGUUUAGUAUAUGUUUCUUCCCUGAAAAAUUAAAUUCUUCAGUGUUUUUCUGUUAUAAUUUUCAUUAAUGUUUGUUAUUGUAACAGAAUUGACUGUUAUACAUUUUUUUAAUCUCCUACUUGGUUAAUAAAAAUCUCGUAGCAAAUUUAAAACUUUCAUAAUAAGUUUCACAAAUUGAUUCUACUCAUUAAUUAUUAUAAUACCAAUUAGUGUAGAAUAAAUAAUUGCAAAAAAGGUACAAUUUCUAGCUGUAAAAGAGAAAAAAACAUUUAAUACGUCAUUUGUUGUGAUAUAAUGA